GUAAUACUCUUCUCAUUGCGAAGAUGGCUCGAAAAUCGGCCGCUAAGCCUCAAACCAUGUCUAAUGACCCUCAAAGCCGUGUACAGGUCGAGUCUCGCUUGGAACAGGGUGAUGGGACCAAUGUCGAGAAGCACAGGCCCGAAAUGCAUCCUGAGAGCCCAGAAAACGACCAUGGAAGGCGUUCCGCAAGCCUGGACCCUGUAGGUAUGGAGUCCGCCGACAUGACGGCAGUCGCUACAACCGAGUCCAACGUGAUUCUCCCUCCGCCUCCUGACGGCGGAAUGCAAGCAUGGACACAGGUUGCCAUGGGCUGGAUUGUCAUCUUCACAACCUGGGGCUACAUCAACUCCUUUGGAAGCUUUCAAACAUACUACACCGAGCAUCUCCCCCAGUCGCCGUCGGCGAUAUCUUGGAUUGGCUCGGUGCAGACCUGGCUGACGUUCUUCAUUGGCGCUUUUUCCGGUCGAUUGCUGGACGCUGGGUUCUUUGUGCAUACGCUAGUUAUAGGAGCUAUACUGCAGCUGCUUGGCAUCUUUCUCAUGAGCAUUUCCACGAGUUACUGGCACUUGAUGUUGACGCAGGGCGUCUUGACCGGCCUUGGCGGAGGCAUCUUCUUUACGCCGUCGCUUGCUCUGGUCGCCACAUACUUCGACCGCCGCCGUGGACUUGCCGUGGGACUUGCCACUACUGGAAAUUCCGCCGGAGGUAUUGUUUAUCCCAUCGUGGUUCGACAGCUUCUCCCGAAGCUUGGAUUCGCCUGGACUGCUCGCACCUUGGGAUUCCUCAAUCUCGGCUGUCUGGCUCUUGUCGUCGCCUUGAUGCGGCCGCGACUGCCACCUCGCAAGUCCGGUCCUGUGAUUGACUGGGUCGCCUUCAGAGAACCUGUUUACAUGGCAUAUGUUGGCGGCUUGUUCUUCUUCGUCUGGGCGGUUUACUACACCUUUUACUACCUUGGAUCCUUUUCGAGAGAUGUCUUGGGCAUGUCGUAUGCCGAUGCCUCGAUCCUUAUCACACUGAUUAAUGGCGCUGGCAUGCCGGCCCGUAUUGGAGUCCCCAUUGUCGCAGAUAUGAUUGGCCCCCUAAAUGUUAUAUCGCUCGCCGGCAUUUUCGUUGCCAUUGUCGCCUGGUCGUGGAUGUCUGUGAAAGACGUUGUCGGCGUCUACGUUUUCACAGUCUUUUACGGCUUAGCAUCGGGUGCGUUCCAGUGCCUCAUGCCGACUGGAGUUGCCAGCAUCACGAAGCGGCUGGAUAAGGUCGGUACAAGACUGGGCAUGUGCUUCACCAUUGUGUCAGUGGCCGGGUUAACGGGUCCCCCGAUUGGAGGGUUGAUUCAGUCUGCCAGCGGCGAUACGUUCAAAGGAGCACAAGCUUGGGCGGCUACUUCGAGUUUGUUAUGCGGUGCGCUACUAAUUACGACAAGGAUACUCAAAAGCGGAUGGAAAGUGAAUGUCAAAUGUUAAGUACGAAUGGGAGAGGCACGCAUUCAUGGAAAGGACUUCUUCAGCGGAUGACAAUGGCGGAAACGAACGAGAUCAGGAUCAGAAUAAUACUAUAGAUUAUUAAUCAUACAGUAGUUCUAAUAAAAGCGACAUGAUUUUGCGUUAUUA